UUCUCUGUGUGUACCGUUGCUCGGGUCGGGCACGUUUACGUUGGUGCGGUUGUAAAUCCUGGGUUUAUAUAUUCAGAAAUAUUCGGACGCGGAGAGAAUAUUAACGGUUGCCGGUGAAACCCGCGGUGCGGUGGCGAGUAUCAGCGCGUUCGGUGAGCAGUACAGGCCGGUGCUGGACGGUAAGAUGGCGGGGUGCAGCGGGCCGGCGGUAGCCCGGCUGGAGGGCCGCGAGUUUGAGUACAUGAUGAAGAAGCGCUCGGUGACCGUGGGUCGGAACUCCUCUCAGGGCUGCGUGGACGUGAGUAUGGGUCACUCCAGCUUCAUCUCCCGCACCCACCUGGAGAUCUUCACCGCCGGGGAGCAGCACGAAGCUGGGGCUGGAUCUGGUACCGGAACCGGGCCCGAGUUCUACCUGCGGUGUCUGGGUAAAAACGGCGUGUUUGUGGACGGAGUGUUUCUCCGGAGAGGAGCACCUCCACUCCAGCUACCGCAAAUGUGCACCUUUCGCUUCCCCAGUACGACCAUAAAGAUCACGUUCACGGCGCUGACCAGCGUAAAGAAGGAGCCGAAGAGCGCCGAGUCUCUGGUGAAGUCGGUGCAGCCGCAGAUCUCCCCUCUGUCCAUCAACAUCCCGGAUAACAUCUCUCACCUCAUGAGCCCUCUGCCCUCGCCCACCGGGACCAUCAGUGCUGCUAACUCGUGUCCAUCCAGUCCUCGCGGCGCCGGAUCUUCAGGCUACAGGAUGGGUCGCUUCGUUUCCUCAGACCUGCACCUCAUCAACGACAACUCUCAGUCAGAGAACGACAAAGAGGCGUCCGAAGGAGACAGUCCCAAAGACGACUCCAAGCCUCCGUACUCUUACGCUCAGCUAAUCGUGCAGGCCAUCACUCUCGCACCGGACAAGCAGCUCACGCUCAACGGCAUCUACACACACAUCACCAAGAACUACCCCUACUACAGGAGCUCCGAUAAAGGCUGGCAGAACUCGAUCAGACACAACCUAUCUCUGAACCGCUACUUCAUCAAGGUUCCACGCUCCACCGAAGAACCGGGCAAGGGCUCGUUCUGGAGGAUAGACCCGCUGUCGGAGAGCAAGCUCAUCGAGCAGGCCUUCAGGAAACGCCGACCCCGGGGCGUGCCCUGCUUCAGGACCCCACUGGGACCCCUGUCGUCAAGGAGCGCCCCUGCCUCGCCCAGCCACUCGGGCAUCCUCUCCGCCCAUUCCAGUGGCCUUCAGACCCCUGACAGCCUAUCACGCGAGGGAUCACCCGUUCCCAUGGAGGCAGAUUCCACACCCACCCCGCCCACCGUCGCCACCGCCGCCGUGCAGCCCAAACUGGCCGUGAUUCAGGAGGCUCACCUAGCACAGGCUACACCAGGUUCUCCAGCGAGCACGGCGCCGGUGUUGAUAGCGGUCCAGAGACCCGUCGUGUUCUCCUCAUCCUCCACCUCUUCAGCUCAGACUCUGAUGCAGACGCUGCACGUGCUCCAUCAGAUCCCGGUCACCGCCACUAAAGUGCACCAUGCCUUGGCCGCCGCCGCCGCCGCCGCCGCCGUGCCCCAGUCUCAGGAGAACGGAGCGGCGCACUCGGAGACCAAAGUGAAAGUGGAACCCGUUCCCACCAUCACCCACACGUCCAUGGGCUCGGUCAAUCGAAUCAUCCAGAGCACGGCGGCCACGCCCCUUCAGACGGUCACCAUAGUGCAGCAAGCCCCGCUGGGUCAGCACCAACUGCCCAUCAAGACCAUAACACAGAACGGCACCCACAUGGUGCCCAUCGCCAUGGCCAUGCCAGGCCAUGUCAAUUCUGUCUCCAGCCCUCUGCAUCUGUUAGCAGCUCACGCAUCCGUAUCUGCGUCUCUACCCACCAAGCGACAGAACGGCGAGACCAACGAGCCCGACAGUAAACGAGUGAAAACGGAAGAUCAGCAGCCGUCUAGUACCAACCCCGAGCCUAACGGGAGCACGAACACGCCCACCGCCGUCAAUCACGACUGAGCAUUACCACAGAACACCCCCCUCCCCCCCCCCCCCCCCCCCCCGUUCCUCCUCCUCCUCCUCCUUACUAUUUAUCUCCUACCAGACUGUCUCUGUCACUCUCUCUGUAUGUCUCUCGACCGCUCUGCUGUCUGUGCCAUAGGAAGCAGCAAGAGAACGUCAGAACCGGGAAAGUUUUGACCUUUUCUCUGUUGUACAUGGAUGUAUGUCCCAAAUUUCAUAAACAAUAACUAAGAAACGUUUCCCUGUACCCCAGAAAACCCUUCACUCAAAACUUAAUAUACUGGGAGUCUGGAAGUCAAUUCAUGUUAAACCUACACUCGUAUUUCAUUUAAAUUCUAAACUACAUCAGUUUCCUUCUGUUUUUUCUCAAUCUGUGUAACUGGAUAGAAAAUCCGUCGUGUAUUUUUGUUAGGAUUAAUAAACUGAAUUGAUUUUG